AUGAAUUUAUUUAAGCAGAAGCAAAAUGCAAGUUCUAUAUCCCAUGUUUUAAUAAAUAAACAUAAAACAAAAUUUUCUGAACCAGUAAUAUCGAUAAGACAAUUAGAGGAAAAAGACAUUGAUGAAGUGAGGCAAUUGUUAUAUGAUCAUUUUAACUCCUUAACCUUACCAGCAGUUAUAUAUUGGUCUAUACAACACAUUUAUGAUUUAUUAGUUAUUAUUAUUAUAAAUUAUAUUUUUUUCCUGGAUUUGAAAAAAAUAUUUUAUUUUCUUAUAAUAUUUUUAAUAUAUUUAUAUAUAAGAGCAAAGUUUGAAUUUUUAAAUCAUAUAAGAAAAGAUUGCCCCGAUUUGGAAAAUCUUUAUAAAAGUUAUAUAGGAGUAGAAGGAUGCAAUUUUUGGGUAGCUGAAGUAUUUGAUAAUAAUUUCGGGUCAGCAAGUAGAACAACAUGUAGUGAUAUUCAUGAAAGGGAAAAAAUUAUACUAGAACAAGAGGAGCAAGAAAAAUUACUAUCUAAUGAAAAAAAUAAUCUCGAAAUGAAAAAUUCGUGUGAAGAUAAUGAAAAUGGAAAAGGCGAUUUAUUUGAAAAAAAAAACACAUCAGAAUAUAUUACAGGUUUUUGUGGAUUAAAUGAGACACCAAACAAUAGUAAUAAUACAAAUAAUAAAAGUGUUCAAAAAGAUAAUAGUUCAAAUAGUUGCGAACUGGAUAAUAAAGUAAAUUCACAAAAUGAAAAUAUAAAUUCCAAAGAUGAUAAUAAAAAAUUAAAAGAUAUGGCCACAUCAUCUCAUUGUGAAAAAUCGAUCACCAAUGUUUACAGUGAUAUUUAUUAUAAUAACAUAAAUAAUCCCGCAUCUAUUCAAAAUGGUGUAAAAAAUGAUGAAAAUCGAAAAAAUUGUAAAAAUUCUGAGCGUGUUCAGAAUAAUAGUACCACAACAAAAAAUGAUAAUGAAAAUACAAAUAAUAAUAUUAACAACAUUAAAGAUAAUUUAAAUUCAGAUGAACAAAAUAAUGAAAAAUCGAAAUUAGUAUGUGAACCAUCCGAUAUAACUAAUAGAAAAAAUAUUGAUAAUAAAAAAACAGUACCUCUUCGAUUAAAUGAUCUUCGAAGAAAUAUAUUUGAUGGUAAAUUAAAUGAUGAUGAAGAUAUUAAUUAUAAAUUUGUAAAUAGAAAAAUAAUUGGAUGUGUUGGUAUAAUACCAUAUAAAGGAGAUAAUUCUAUUGCUCAAUUAGUUCGGAUGGUAGUAAAAAAAGAUAAUAGAAGAAUGAGAAUAGGGAGUAGAUUAUUAACACAAUUAGAAAAUUUUGCACAUGAACAUAAUUAUCAAGAAUUAAAAGUAUUUACUAAUAACUUAAAUACAGAUAGUUUAUAUUUUGUUAAGCAAAAUGGAUUUGACUUAUCACAAAUAGUCAGAAGAGGAUUAAUGAGAGGGGAUUUAUUAAUAUGGUCUAAAAUUUUAAACAAAGAUGAUUUUUAUAAGUUUCAUGGUUUAGAUAUAAAGAGUUAUACUAAUAAUAUACUGGAUUAA